CCCCAACUUUUCCCCCCAAACCCUGUUCCUCCUCAUGAAACCGAAUCCUCUGGCUGCGGCGUCCCAGGACCCCGCCCCUCGCCCGCCGCCUCCCCUGCGCUCCGGCCCCGCGCAGCCGCCGCGCUCUUGCGCCCAGAGGUCCGAGGUCCGAGGUCCCCGAGAUGAAGGUCUGGCUGUUGCUUGGUCUUCUGCUGGUGCACGAAGCGCUGGAGGAUGUUACUGCCCAACACCCUCCCAAGAACAAGCGUCCGAAAGAACCAGGGGAGAACAGAAUCAAACCCACCAACAAGAAGGUGAAGCCAAAAAUUCCUAAAAUAAAGGACAGGGACUCCGCGGAUUCAACACCAAAGACACAAUCUAUCAUGAUGCAAGUGCUGGAUAAAGGUCGCUUCCAGAAACCUGCCGCUACCCUGAGUCUGCUGGCGGGACAAACUGUCGAGCUUCGAUGUAAAGGGAGUAAAAUUGGAUGGAGCUACCCUGCGUAUCUUGACACCUUUAAGGACUCUCGCCUCAGUGUCAAGCAGAAUGAGCGCUACAGCCAGUUGACGCUGGUCAACUCCACCUCGGCUGACACAGGUGAAUUCAGCUGCUGGGGGCAGCUCUGCAGUGGGUACAUCUGCAGGAAGGACGAGGCCAAAACGGGCUCCACCUACAUCUUUUUUACAGAGAAAGGAGAACUCUUUGUGCCUUCUCCCAGCUACUUCGAUGUUGUCUACUUGAACCCGGACAGACAGGCUGUGGUUCCUUGUCGGGUGACUGUGCUGUCGGCCAAAGUCACGCUCCACAGGGAAUUCCCAGCCAAGGAGAUCCCAGCCAAUGGAACAGACAUUGUUUACGACAUGAAGCGGGGCUUUGUGUAUCUGCAGCCUCAUUCUGAGCACCAGGGCGUGGUUUACUGCAGGGCAGAGGCCGGGGGCAGAUCUCAGAUCUCCAUCAAGUACCAGCUGCUCUACGUGGAGGUUCCCAGCGGCCCUCCCUCAACAACCAUCUUGGCCUCUUCAAACAAAGUGAGAAGUGGGGACGAUGUCAGUGUGCUCUGCACUGUCUUGGGGGAGCCUGAUGUGGAGGUAGAAUUCAGGUGGAUCUUCCCAGGGCAGAAGUCUCUGUGGGUGUCGUUAAACAGGAUGAAAGGCCUGUGACGAUCCAAGACACUUGGAGGCUGAUCCACAGAGGACUGGGACACACCACGAGAAUCUCCCAGAGUGUCAUUACAGUGGAAGACUUUGAGACCAUUGAUGCAGGAUAUUACAUUUGCACUGCUCAGAAUCUUCAAGGACAGACCACAGUAGCUACCACUGUUGAGUUUUCCUGAGUUGGAAAAGCAAAUGUCAUGAACUUACGGAAAGCCCGUUUGUAUACACUAUCAGCUUUGGGGUUCUUUUGAUUAGUGCUUUGCCAGAGGCUGAUGUCCAGCACCAAACCCCAGCGUCCUGUGAGCCCGACCCAGACAUCCAAACUAAGAGGAAGUCAUCCAGUCUAUUCACAGACGUGUUAACGUUUCUAACAGAAAGCAUGCAUUUUGAUUGCUUACCUAGAUAUGUGUUCCUAGUUUUUAUAUAUGUGUAAACAAUUCUAUAUAAUCACUUCUAUUAAAUGAGCACAGAAAGGCUCGGUGGUGGGGACACCUGGGUCAACACCGAGUGUUCUCUGUCAUAAACCACCACAAUACAGGAGAAUUUUAAAAUGUACUAGUUUGAUUACUUAUCCGUAAACGGCAACUCCAGAUUCAAAUGCUUAGAAAUGUCAUUUGUGUCUCAGUAGCAACUUUAAAGCAAAUGUGAGAUAACUGAUCAAAGUACUGAGGAAAAUCGUGUGCUUUUUUCUUUUUCUUAAACUGCUGCACUCAAGGGUGCUACUUCUAGAUUGGUCUAUUCAAUAACUAGAACCUGUUUUUAGAGGUUUAGCUUUCAACAUAAAAUAGAUGCAUAUAUUAAGAACAUUCAACUUUGUUUAGACAUUUUUUUAUCAUAGUCAAAAAUAUUUACCAGGUUUCUCCAAUUUUCUUAUACAGCAAAAAUUAUUAAAACCAGCCAAGUUUCUCUCUCAAAUACAGCUUUGAAUUGAGAAAAGAAAAGCUUAGCUCUACCUGUAGCUCCAUGAGCCAAGUUUCGGGCCAUGACCUAUUCUGUGGUUGCAGUGGAAAUUCCUGGAAAAUAAACUAAGAGGAGACGUGA